AUGAGGGUGCUUCUUCCCCUCCUGAUGCUGGGCUCCGUCGCCCACGCGCUCUACUUCUUCCUCGACGGCACGAACGCGAAAUGCUUCUUCGAAGAGCUGCCCAAGGACACACUAGUCCUCGGGCAUUACCAGGCUGAGGAGUGGGAUGACAACACACACGCCUGGGCGAAGCACGACGGCAUCAGUAUCUACAUCUCCGUUGACCCAAGAGCACAGAUGCGCAAAACAACCCCAACCAUAGUGAUCACACUAACCUCUUCCCCAGGAAAUCUUCGACAACGACCAUCGGGUAGUCUCGCAGCGGGGAUCCUCGUCGGGAAAAUUCACCUUCACGGCGGCCGAGUCGGGCGAGCACAAGCUCUGCUUCACGCCGAGCAGCAGCACAGCGGACGCCCAGGCUGGCUUUCGGCCGCACAACCCAACGGCGGCAUCAAGCUGACCCUCGACCUCGCCAUCGGCUCCUCCGAGAUCGAGUCCACCGACAAGACCAAGCUCAUGGACAUCUCCCAGCGCAUCCGCGAUCUCAACGCCCGCCUCCAGGAUAUCCGCCGUGAGCAAAUCUUCCAGCGGGAACGAGAAGCUGAGUUCCGAGAUCAAUCCGAGUCUACUAACUCACGUGUUGUGCGCUGGAUGACUAUCCAGCUUGUCGUUCUCGGUAUUACAUGCGCUUGGCAGCUGUCUCAUCUCCGGUCUUUCUUCAUCAAGCAGAAGCUUACUUAA